UUUUGUCUCUGUGCUUCAGGUGCUUGUCCAGAGCGGCCGUAUUCCCAUGGUGUACCUGGAGUGUGUAUCCUGUAAGGCCCAGUCCAUCUACAACAUCAGCCAGAACUCCUACGUCUACCUGAAAGGGACCUGCACGAACUGCCAGAGCUCGCCACGAGGGCGCUGGAGUGCUGUGACGCUGCAGAAUGAGACUCUGGUCCUGAACAUUUCCACAACCACCACAGGAAGUGACAGCAUGCACCUGGUUCUGCGGCAGGGUGUCCUGCACCACCAGGACUCCUACGUCUUCACCCUUCAUGUCACUGAUGACAGUCUGGACGGCGAGGGCGCUGCUUCCAUCACACUGCACCACAACACACCCCCAGACGGAGGAGAAUGCAGCCUGAGAGGAGAAGGCGACAGAGACACUGACUCUGAAGGCUUUCAAGUCCACACCCUACGGGACAGAAUCUACUUCAACUGCUCAGGUCGUCAGUACACACAAAUCAGAACACGAAAAAAGGUUUUUGUUUUGCUCAUUAGCCUAUACCGCGGUCUGUCUGCUGUCAGGUCUGCACAUGGUUUUUAUCUUCCAUCUCCAUGCUCAGGUGCUUGAGUCCCCUGGUCUGUUCCACAAUCCAGGGGCGUUGGGUGGCCCAGGAUC